AUGAAAACCUUUGAAUCAACUUUGCCACUAUAUACUGGCAGACAGGCCUCCGCCCCUUACCAACUCUUAUGCCUCUUUUUUUUUUUUUUCUUACGUUCUUCAAACCCCCGACCCACAGUCCGUGGCCUUCGUGAGUGCUGCUUCAGUCAUUUUGGUUCUCUUUCUACUGUCUCCUUUUUUUUCUACGUCAGUGUUCCUACCAGUGGCGCAGAAAAUGUGCCUCGCCCUCUGCGGAUCGACUCACUCCCCAGACUAUCUAUCUUAGUCUGUUUCUUUCUUUCUUUCUUUUCUUUCUUUCUUUCUUUCUUUCUUUCUUUCUUUCUAUCUAUCUAUCUAUCUAUCUAUCUAUCUAUCUAUCACAUGUCUAUCGUCUUUGGCAAAUGUAGCGUUUCACUUCAUCACCUUUCUACCCUCCCCCAUCUCCAUCCCCUCACACCAUGUGUGUUCUUCUUAAACGUUUCAGACAUUUGUAAACCUUCCCACCCCCACCCCGCCGCCAUCCGUCAAGAUCACACAUCUCUUUUUACAUCGUCUCUCACCCGGUGGGUGUUUCCAUUUCUUUCUUUUUUUUUUUCGGAAAGCCGUAAAAUGUGCACUUAA